AUGGCACAAUUUCAUCUCGAGCUUUGUCUCUGGGUAGCUUUUCUCGCAGUACUUCUUCCCCUGUCUUCAGGAGCUUGUGUUGAUUUAGAUCUUGGAAUGGGAAGCGGAGCAAUUCCAAAUAGUGAUAUAACUACCUCUUCUGAUCAAAGUUCCAGCACACCAGCUAAGAAUGGUAGAUUAAAUUACACAUUAGGAUCAUCAUGGUGUGCAGGAACAAGUUACACUGACCCAUAUCUACAGAUUGAUCUACAAACACUUCAUAUCAUCUGUGCUGUGUCCACUCAAGGGAAUUCUGAAGCAAAUCAGUGGGUGAAGAACUACACACUACAAUUUUCCAUGAAUGGGACAACUUGGACAGACUACAAGGAAGGUGGCCAAGCUAAGUUUCUCAGAGGAAAUGAUGACAGGGAUUCAGAAGUGAAGCAUGUUGUUUAUGGAGUAUUAACAAGAUAUGUGCGAUUCCUGCCAAAAACAAAUCAGGGUGGAGUGUGUAUGAGAACAGAGGUAUUUGGAGUGAGACAAAAGCCAACUUGUGAAAUGGAUGCCAUUGGUCUAGCCAUUGGUGGUAAAAUUCCAGACAACAGCUUCUCUGCCUCAUCGUAUUUCCCGGGGUGGGGACCCUCUUAUGGUCGGCUUAAUGGAAGUAUCCGGGGAUGGGCACCCAUGUCUAACCACAAUCCUGCUGACUACUUUCAAAUUGACCUGCUGUAUGAAUAUGUUAUCUGUGCUGUAGCUACUCAAGGAUCUAAAAAUACUGGAGAGUGGACAACAACAUACAAGAUACAGUUGUCAUUGGAAGGCACCACUUUUGUCACCCACCAAGAAGACAAUGUUGACAGG